AUGGCGACAUACGGUGACGACGGUAUAUGGGUCGCUGAACUCGCUACGGUGGUGGAAGAGGGAGCAUACGGUAGAACAGAAACACUUGGGGCCACCUGUUGCAACGAGCUCGCUAUAAAGGAAAUAGUCACGGCUGUUUUGAGUGUUGUGCUCGCUGUGGAGAACGGCGAGCUCGCUGUAUGCAGGGGACGCGGUGGUGGUUCGCUACCAAGAAGGGAACCGGGAGUUUUGGGACCGGGAGAUAUUCCCACGACUGCGGUCACCACGAGCUGGUACCAUGUUGAUUUUUGUGCUCUUACCUCUUUCUUCGCCGAUUAUUCACCCACGGAAACGACUCACGAGGCUACAGUGGGGAAGAACACACAAUACGCUGUUCUAAAACCGUCUACGGAUUUCGGGAAGUUUCCGAAGGCUGUGCUUAGAUGGGGUUGGAAUUCAGCUCUUCAUCAAUUCGAGCGGGAGCUGCCUGUGUAUGGAUCCGAUUAAACCGCUGAACAUGAAGAAAUUUCCCACUACAAUUAGCAAUGGGUGCCUUAUGUUGUAAUCCAGCGUUAUAUUUACCUCGAUCCUGUCAUACUUUCUCG